CCUGUGCUCUUUUGGCCCUUUAGGCCUUCCAUAACCCAGGCUACUGCUCCGUCUCCCUCCUUCCUCGUCUGUCUGUCGCAUUUCAGCCGGAGGAGCCUCGGGGUCGAAGGUUCUGCCCUGUUCGCCUCGACCUCCACCUCUGCACGGCUCCCAAAUCUCUGAUUAUCCGAUUACAGCCGCCUAUCGGACACUUUAUCGGACGAGCCUCGCGCGUUUGGAGCUCACGGGGAAAAAGGUGCAGAUUUUGUUCGGCGGGUGUUAAGUGAUGCCCGCUGCGUGGUGCGUUGAUCCUGUUGCCCCCCGCUGACCUGCCCAUGACCCCAGGAAGCGGCGUAAUGGCGCGCCGAGGCUCCUCCCACUCGAAGGUGACCAUCACGGUAGACGAGUACAGCUCUAACCCUACGCAGGCCUUCACACACUACAACAUCAACCAGAGCCGCUUCCAGCCUCCACACGUGCACAUGGUGGAACCCAUUCCGUACGAUGCCCCUAAACCUGCAGGUCACAUGCGCUUUGUGUGCGUCUCUGACACGCACUCGAGGACAGAUGGCAUCCAGAUGCCAUACGGCGACGUGCUGCUCCACACCGGUGACUUCACUGAACUCGGCCUCCCGUCUGAGGUGAAGAAAUUUAACGACUGGUUAGGAAGUCUGCCCUACGAGUACAAAGUGGUCAUUGCCGGGAACCACGAGCUGACGUUCGACAAGGACUUUAUGGCCGACCUGGUAAAGCAGGACUACUACCGCUUCCCCUCGGUGUCAAAGCUGCGGCCCGAGGACUUUGAUAACGUUCAGUCUCUGCUCACGAACUGCAUCUACCUGCAGGACUCCGAGGUCACGAUCAAAGGCUUCAGGAUAUACGGGGCCCCGUGGACGCCCUGGUUUAAUGGAUGGGGUUUUAACUUGCCUCGUGGUCAGUCUCUGCUGGACAAGUGGAACCAGAUCCCUGAGGACAUCGACAUCCUCAUGACUCACGGGCCUCCUCUGGGGUUCAGGGACUGGGUGCCUAAGGAGCUGCAGAGAGUGGGAUGUGUGGAGCUACUCAACACGGUACAGAGACGGGUCCGGCCCAAACUCCACGUCUACGGAGGGAUCCAUGAAGGUUAUGGUCUAAUGACAGACGGCUAUACGACCUUCAUCAACUCGUCUACAUGUACAGUCAGUUUCCAGCCCACCAACCCACCCAUCGUAUUCGACCUUCCCAAUCCGGGAAGCUCGUGAAAUCCCCCUGUUUAACUCCCCUCCUUUUUUUUUCUACUCUCCAACUCUUCUUAUCUUUAAAGUAAUGGUCUUUUUGUACUGCUUGUAUUUAAAAAAAAAUGAAUGCAUGGAUAUGUAAUAUUUUUAAAAAAAUAAGAUCAUACCAUUUAAAUAAUGAUUUGCUGGGGGAAAAAAAAAAAGGAAAAAUGGUGAAUUCAUAUUUAUGGUUCAUUUGUAUCGGUUGCCUUGUUCUAUUUGUUUUAGUCUACAGUAUCUAAAGUGCUUUAUAAGGUACCAUAAGAGGCUCAGCAAUAUACGUUCUCACAGCAGGAGUGUAAUAAAAAAAAAAAAAAGUCCGAGAUAAGACAUCGGGACGGGACGUUACUGAGUCUUGUAGCUCCCAGGAUGCUUUGCAGUUGUAUUUAUUGGUCAGAUCGAUUAGUUUUAGCAAACAAUUCUAUAACCCAAGAGAUUUUUUUUUCCUGCUGUAAUAUUCAGGGGAAAAAAAAAUCACGAGGUACUUGAUGAAAAUCAAUUUAUCUCUCUAUCUCUCUCUUUUUUUUUUUUCUCUCCCUCUCCUCAGAAUUCUUUGCUUCCUGCCAUGUUACAUUUCUGACCACUCUUCUUAGUUAGGCUGCAUUUUUAAGCCUCCCUGUCCCACGAUUCACAAGAUACCGUUUACAGUAUUGUGAACAAUCUGUCAAGCCACCAUCAGCUCUGACACUUGCUAUGAUUGUUCAAAAAAAAAAAACAACAACAAAAACUUAAUAAUAAUAUUGGCACCUGUUCGGACUCGUGCCGUUUAAAUUUUGAUAGCGCUUUUUGUAUUUUGUUCCUGCCUCGCUCGUCAUUUCUUUACGCUGAGACUUUACCUGGCGACGGUCCGUUCAAGAUCGAUGAAAAAUGUACAUAUUUUUUUUUCUUUUCUUUUUUUCUUUUCUUUUUUUUUUUUAAUAAAUCAAGCCAAACUUUAAAUGUCGCUUCAACAAGGAGCUGAAAAAAAAAUCUUUGCAGCUGCUUUGAGCUCAUGGUUAUUAUUCUGGUUCUGGUUUACUUUCUCAUCUCCACCCGGUGGAUCGUGUUGUGUUUGUUGUAUGUCGCACAGACAAGACGAAAAAAUCUAUAUAUAUUGCCAUGAUGUCAUUGGUGCCAUUUGUAAAUGCCUUGUUUCUAUGUUCAUGAGACAUUUUUCUUAAUUCAUCGUGUCAUUUAGCUGACUUUAUAUGCAAAUAAAAACUGCAAGAUUUUUAUCUCA